AUGUCCAUCGUCUACUGUGACGAUCCGACCCCGCCUUGCCCUCCUGGGUCAGUCCAGUUGGAGGAUGCGUCCCUAGAUGACGGGUCUGCCAGCGUGCCGCCGAGCUGCGUCGCGGAGCCUCCAAGCUCUCCCAAGUGGUCCUUCUCCAAGCACUGUUCUGUGCGAAACCGCGUAUUGAAUGAUUCGAAGUCAGCGAUGUCCAUGAUUUCUGCAGCAGACGGGGUCGGCAGUGCUGUGGCCGUCAUUUUCCUGGGGCCACUCCUGGAUUGGCAUGGCCGUAAGCCCUUCAUCCUCCUUGCCAUCAUCGGAAGCAUGAUUCGGCCAGUGAUGCAGUUUGUGUCCUCGCUGCUUAUUGGCCAGACGCUUACGCAAGACGGCAUCAAUGCCGCUGGCGCAACAAUCUCCGCCAUGCUCAGCGUCCUCCCAGCUGCGAUAUCUGCCAUGGUUGCAGACCUCUCGGACAACCAGAUCGAGCAGCGAAACCGGGCAAUGUCAGUGUUGAGUCAAGCUUUGUUCCUUGCGGGGGCCCUUGGCUUUGCAGGCGGCUUUGGGAUUUUGCAUCAGAACUUGGAGAACUACUCCUGGUACUGGCUCAUAAGCGCUGGGCUCAACGUGGUGUUGUUUGUGGCGACAUUUUGCUUUGUGGCCGAGACAAAGCAUCUCGCCAACAGUCCAUCGCAAGGUGUUGACUCGGAGAUCGCGACUGAACAGAGCACGGAUCAGGAGCCGUCAACCUCCAUAUCCGCGGACAGCCAGGAGAAGGUUCAGGCAGGCCGCGGUGCCCUUCGCGAUUUAUGGCGCUUUCUUUGCGACGUUCGACAUGAUCCUGUGCUCAUGCAACUUCUCAUUCUCAACUUCGUUCUGAAAGCCGUGUGGUCGAUGGAACACCUUGCGCGAUACAUGCUGAUCACCUAUCUGGACUACUCGCAAGCCGCAGCUUCCAUGGUCGGCUUCGUCUCCACCAUCAUGGCCGUUGUAGGCCGAGUUUUCCAUCAUAGGUUUUGUCCUCUUGCCCGACCCAAGCGUUGA